UGCCAGAAAUCAAAUAAAGUCAACUUCCUUCACUACACGACAAACCUUUCAUUUUAGCUUGUGAAUACUUGAAUUCUAAUCUGCAACGGAAAGGCGAAGGACGAUCUUGUUUCCAUUUUUGAAUUCCAGUAUCCUGGUACCUAGGUAAUAAAGUAACUCUCAUUUCGAGCCCGCGAGCCCGCGAGGCUGCAGCAAGUAUGCGAGGUUGGCUUCAUGGUUUCCUCACAUUGGGGCUUUCGGCCCUGAUAGCUGGUGCGCUGGAGGUUAAGAUGGUACGUCGAAAGAAGUAGAGAUAAAAUACUCGUUCUGAUGGCGAUAGCAGGAUGAGUCUAAUGAUAAUCGACAAGUAUGCGCCGGAAUGUAUGAUCGGAAGACUUGGGGGGGCCCGAUUGAGCCGCAUAUAUUAGUAAAAUGGCUUCCGACUACACAAGAAUCAGACGAUCCUGAUCCAAUUGCCAGUAUGAUUGUUUUUGAGUGGAGGGAUUACGAUCUUGUUGGUGUAUUGCCAACCAUAGACAGCAUACAGGUAUGAGUGAAUCAACUGGUGAAACUCUCAUUUGAAUCACCCGCUGAUACACGAACUUAGAAAGAAUUCAUUUGCGAUCCGGAAAAUAUCAGCAAUGGUUUCUGUAAUGCCAACCAAACUGGACAAUUCUUACUGGCGCCAAAUGCAACAGAAAAAUCGAUCAGUCAAAUUUACACUGGAGCCGUUCAUCUUAACAAAACUGGCCCACCGAUCAAUUAUCCCAUCAAGAAAACUGGUUAUUAUUGCGUUGGCACAACUGGGUAUUCUCCUUCAAAUGUCAAAUACACCGCGGUUGUGGAGUUCCGGAAUGCCUAUGGGGAGCUUCCUGCAGCACAAAUACCAAAACUGCCAUUUUAUGGUAUCAUCACAAUUGUUUAUGCGGUUAUGGGAAUGUGCGUUAUCUCAUGCCCCAAGUUUAGUGCUAAAGCUAAUGGUGUAAUGACAGUCUUUGGGCCUUUUUAUACGUGCAACAUCGAGAAGACAUUCGUCAGUAUCCCAAUCGAGCCUAUUGACCGGUACUAACUUCCCCAAAGUGCCUGUACAGAACUACAUUACAGCAAUCAUUGUAUUUUUGAUAGUAGAAAUGCUAAUGACUUGGGGGUUUUAUGGUACGUCUAUUUCUUCGUGCUACUGGAAUCAUGUUGACAUUUGUAGACUAUCUCAAUCGAUCCGGCAGCAGUGUUGGCUCGAAAGUGAUGAUGAUAAUUGUUGCUGUACUAAAUGCAGGUCGCAAUUCAUUCUCAUUCUUCUUGCUUCUCAUCGUCUGCAUGGGUUAUGGUGUCGUCAAGCCUAGUUUAGGCAAGACUAUGGUUUAUGUCCGAUAUCUUGCAGGAGCUCAUUUUGUCUUUGGGCUGAUUUAUUCCAUCGCGAGCCUGACAAUCACUCCCGAACACGCUGGUAAGACUUUCCCUUAUCAGUGACUAUUCUCAUACUAACCAAGUUAUAGGUCCCCUAGUUUUGUUUGUUAUCCUUCCAUUGGCAGGGACUCUCACGGCAUUCUACGUGUGGACUCUCAAUUCCCUAAACUUGACCAUGAAGGAUUUGAAUGACCGCAAACAAACUACGAAGUCAGGCAUGUACCGCAAGCUCUGGUGGUGUAUACUUCUCUCGAUCAUCGUUAUUUUUGGCUUCUUUUUCUUCAAUUCAUUUACUUUUGCUUCGGCUUCGGAUCCCGACUUUGUCCCCUUCCACUGGAAAUCCAGAUGGUUCAUCCUCGAUGGCUGGCUCAACAUUGUCUACUUGUUGGACGUCGGAUUCGUGGCAUGGGUAUGGAGGCCAAGUGCCAACAACAGAAGAUUCGCAAUGAGUGACGAGUUAGCACAAGAUGAUGAGGGAUUUGAAAUUGCCGAUUUCGGCGCUGAGGAUGACGACGAAGAUGAUGUUGAGAAUUCUGCCGCUCGCCGAGGUGACAGAACACAGCCUGGCCAAGAAGGAGCAAGAUAUGAUCCUCCACCGGGAGCUAAUACCGCAAAGGAAAUUCCAAGAGAAAGUCUAGAUGGUGAAACAAUUUUUGCGGUCGGAGAAGAUGCUGACCGCUGGUCAGAUGAGGACGAUGACGAUUCAGAGGCGGGGAAAAAACUUGUGGGUGGAAAAGGAAAAAAGGAAAAUGAUUCGGAUGCGGAUUAAGCAAGUUUGCACGCUUGUGUAUCAUAGUAUUGGUCGGCGUUGGGUAUUAUUGGUCAAGGAGGAAACAGCAUUUUCAUUUGCGAACUUAGGGGGAUUUGUCAUAGCAUUUGUACUUGUUUGUUCUUCUAUCAGCGCAUUUGUCUAGAAUACAAUUUAUGAAUUCAUAGACUCGAUUUAUAA